AUGUGGUCGAAAGGUGGUAUCCUCAGCUACGAUAUCUUGGUCAAAUCAAGUUUUAAACUCACAGUCGGUCGUAUAGUAGCCACAUCAAAUGGUAAAGAAAUGGUUAAGUUUCACAUGAGGGAACCAUGCGACCACUUCUUAAUAAAACAUUUGUUUCGAAUUAAUAUGAAUAUUACCAAAGACUGUACAGUUAAAAAGGAGCAUUACAUAUUUAAAAUCGACCUUGAAGACUUAACUGAGAAUUACUUCGGUGGGAAAUAUUUUUACGGGAACUGGACAUUUCGAUCGGUCUUCGCCGGCAGCGAAUGUAAUUUAUUAUGUACAAUUACGGAACUGAUAAUGACACCAAAAAAGAGAAACUAA